GGACGGAACACCAAAUUCGAUUUGUUGUCGAAGCAAGAUGGCAACGGCGACCCGACCGCUUCAGCGCUCCCACAGCGACUUGAAUGUGCUCGAGAUCACAGGACCGAGAGAAGCCCUCGUUGCAUUAAAGGCUAAGACUGCCACUCCCAGCCUUGACCACAAGGUGACGUUGUGUCUGUCAGAACAGGACGAGUGUCCGAUCUGUCUCGACGAGUUCACGCCGCUGGGAGCGUCAGUGUUCACAGGGGAAUGUGGCCACAAGUUCCAUUUUACAUGUUUGCUUGAGAACGUCAACCACGACGAGGCGAACUCGACCAAGUGCCCUAUCUGCCGCAAGACGCAAACGCAGUGGCCCGAACCGACGUCUGGUCUGGCAAAGGCGCACCCGUGCUGCACCAACUGCGGCAAGCGCGGCACGGGCGGGCAAUUCUGCGAUGGAUGCGGUCAUUCCUUGGCACACACGCCGACGGCGGCGGAGCGAGCACGCAUGGCGGCGCAAGGCCAGCCCAACAACGUAAUUGUCGAAUGUCCUGCGUGCCGCAUUCGCUGCUUGGUCAGCUCCACCGCGCGCGGCACGUUGCAGUGUCCCAACGGUCACUUGUUCACCCUCCGCAUGCCUAGCUCCAGCGGAGCGCCUGCAAAUCUAGCGGUACCGCCGCCGCCCCCCUUUCGAGGCGGCGCGCCAGGGGGCGGUGUCGUCAUGCGGCAGUGCCCGACGUGUCUCACGCGCGUGCAAAUGCCUCCAGGGAGCCAAGCGGGGCAAUACAUGUGCCCCCAAGGCCAUACAUUUACCUUUCGGCCGUAAUUCUUAUAUAAUACGCCUUCUCGAGUCGCAUGAAAAUAUCAAAAUGCACAUUUGUUUAUCCGUCGA